UAAAUACCGCUACCAAAGUUCAUCCACCACCCAACUAGCAUACAAGACGCGUGCCUUCUCCUGCCUAGUUACUGAACAUGCAUCAUUCCACAGCCACUGAGAGGACAAAAAGUGAAUACGGCGCGUAUGGACGACGCAGCCUUACCCUCCGAUGUUAUCUUACCGCGGCCACGCCUGGAUGGACGCAUUGUUGGUGGCUACAAAGUAAAUAUUACCGAUGCGCCACACCAGAUUUCACUACAGACAAGCGGUGGACACAUAUGUGGAGGUUCGAUUAUAGCGCCUCGCUGGGUACUUACGGCCGCUCAUUGUACUGCCGGAAAAACCGCCGACAAACUAAAGGUACGCAUCGGUUCUUCGGAAGCUUCUAGCGGUGGACAAUUGCUGCGCGUCAACGAAAUUGUACAGCAUGAAAAGUUCAAUUACUCCAAUGUGGAUUACGAUUUCUCUUUGCUGCGUCUCGAUAAGGAGAUCCAAUUCUCGGAGAAUAAAAAGUCAGUCAAGUUGCCGGGAGCGAGCGACGAAUUCAUGGAUGGCGAUAUUUGCUAUGUGACCGGCUGGGGUAAUACGCAGAAUGAGAGCGAAUCACGGCAAUGGUUGCGUCAGGCUGAGGUGCCGAUCUUCAAUCAGGAUCUCUGUUCCGAGAAGUACAAACAAUUUGGUGGCGUUACAGAGCGUAUGAUUUGCGCUGGAUACCUCGAAGGUGGCAAAGACGCUUGCCAAGGUGACUCGGGUGGUCCGCUGACCAACAAAGAUGGUGUGCUGGUGGGUGUGGUGUCGUGGGGUUAUGGUUGUGCCAGACCGGAAUACCCCGGUGUGUACUCGCGUGUGCAGUAUGCGCGCGAGUGGAUGCGGCAGCAUAGUGGGGUUUAGCGUACGUUUAUGAAAUUGUAAAUUGUUGUACAAAUGAAUUAAAUAAGACGAAAAUAAGUGUGACCUUGAUGAUUUUUUCCUCACUGCAUAUUAAAAACGAGUCG